ACUUUAAGUAAACGCCCAUCUGUAGAGUGUGUGGGCUUGGUUACUUUCUGUGUUCCUCUUGUUUUACUUCAUACCCUUCUGCCUACUCCUUCUCUAUAUCAACAUGCUCUUGGACUGUGUUCUCUCGGUCGAGAACAGCCCGUCUGCCCAUUGCAGAGUGAGUAAUGGUGUCUCUCAGAGAACACCCAGCUGGUGGGAAAUAAAACAGCUGUUUGUAGAGCACAAAUGGGGCUGUUACUGUACGGUAUCAGACUGCUGUGAUGUGGAGCCACACAUACUGGGUCUUAGAAGCAAGUUUAUGUAGAGGAGUGAAGACGUUUUUACCAUUUAAGUGUGUAAGUGAUAGCCGAGUAGGAGCUCCACGUCCUAAGCAAGAGGGAUACUGUUGAUACUUCAACUUGUGCCAGGGAGUCUUUUGUUUGGUGGCCCCUCCCCAGCCACCCGUGCCUGCCAGAGCAGCCGUCUUUACUGAUGCCGCCCCACUAAGGUGUCACUGAUUCAUGGACGGACACCACGGAGAUGAGCACGUCUCUGCUGCGUAGCAGACCGCGGCUCUGCUCAGCGGCUGUGAUAAAUGCCCGACUUCUAACUUAGCACUAUUCGGAAAUCACAGUGGCUUCUCCAUGCAUACAUGCUAAUCUCUGUUUAGUAUUGGGCCAAGCUGUGCUAUAAUUCAUGUAUGCGAGUGUGUGCGGGAGUGUGGUGUACUGAGUAGAAUGCCUGGGAAUGGCUGGACUUCACCCUGUUACCCCUGGUAACCACAGAGCAUGAUGGGAGCACAGAUCCCUGCCUCUAGGCCUUAUGGGUUCAUUGGGCCGCAGGAUGACAGUGACAGCAGCGAUGAAGAGCCAAGGCUUGAGGAACUACUGGCAGCCUCCUGGGACGAGCUUCCCAUACUGGAGAGACUGGGGCUAACCAGUUGUGAGGAGAUGACUGAAGAAGAGGUUGAGAGUGCCUUCUUCCAGUUUGCCAUGGCGUUCCGCUGUGACCAGUACACCCUCCCUCAGCGGCUCCAGGCGGAGGAGCAUGACCGUGCAGUGGCGCAGGAGAACCUGCAGGUGGAGCUCAGCCACACCAAAGACACCCUGCAGCUGUUGAAGGCGCGGUGCGUGGACGGUGAAGCUUCAGAAAUACUGGGCAAAAUGGAGACGUGUCUGAAGACGCUGGGCAGUGCGAUGGACGACAUCAUCGCCGCUGCUGAGAUGCUGGGGGCUGCUCACCAGGAGGCUCGAGUGAGCCAUGCGGUAGAACUGAUGUCGGUCCACGUGGACCACCUGAAGAGGCGGCACACCAUGGACAGCGCUGAGCUCCUGGAGACCAGGAGGCUCAUCCUGAAGACCCGCGGCCGCCUGCUGAGUGACAACACUGAUGACGGUGACGUUAGAGUUGUGAGGCAGUCGUCCCAACAGCAUUUUGCUCUUCGUCGAAGAGUGAGCGUGACUCUCCUUCCAAGUGUGGCUCAGCUCAGUGAUCUUGAGGCCAGAUUCUCAGAGGGCAUGAAGGCCAGCGAGGACACUGGCAGCCAGCGACCAGAAGGGGGCAGCAGAGAGAGGAAUACCCAGGCAGAUUCUACUGAAGGCUGUUUUCCUCCCCGACUGCGACGCCACACACUUCAAACACAGGCAUCAAUUCAGAGUCAGGAGUCAGAGUCUGACUGUUCUGCAGUCCCAAGUCCAGUUCCCUCAGCACUGCGCUUGCGUCGCCGAUCAGCCCUGUUGGAGCAGGAAGGAACGGGAAGCUCGGAGGAGAAUGAGGGAUCCAGGGAAACGAGUGAGCAGAGCCCUCCUGUCUCUGAACCCCCCUCCUCAGAACCGCACUGUAUGUGUCCUGUCCAGCGUUCCCUGCCUCAGUGGGUGUCUACUAGUCGUUUUGUGAUCAAGUUGCUCUCUCUGGCAGCCAUCUUCUGUGUGGUGUUCCUCUGGGUUUUACUGCUUUUGCUGAAGAUGCAGAUGACCUGAGCAGCUGCUGCUACAGAUCACACAAGAGACUGAAGGACACUCAAUAAAAAGUUGAAUUAAAGGUCGUUAAGGAAAGACUGUCUGUGUAUGACAGGUGACACUUGUGAUAUGUGAGGUGCUGAUUGAGCGGUGUAUGUUUUUUAUGCCUGCACCCAAAGAGAAACAGCUGUUUAAUUAAAAAAAUCAACCAAAACUUCGGAUAUGACAGGUUCAUACCUUUAUGCAGUAAUACUCUAUGCUCUGUGAUCUUAUAAUGUAGUUCAGUCAGCUUAAACAGCCCAUUUGUUUGUACAUUUUGGAAAUUCAUGUGCCCAUGGACAAAAAAUCUAAUGUACAUCAAUAAACAGGAUGCCAUUGGUCAGUA